AUGUCCAAAGCAGAACACGUUCAAGUGAAAGUUUGUCCUCGUUUCAGACCUUUCCUCAAGUCUGAUGCAGAAAGUAUGGCAGGAGAGGAUAAACCAAAAAGUUGUGUAGCCUUUCAUAAAAAUGGAUCCACUGAACCUCCAGAAUACAUGUUUGAUAAAUUUUUAAAAGCAACAGCAACACAAGAAGAAGUUUACAAUUCAACACAAUACGGAACUGAGAUAGUGCAACGAUUGACAGAUGGCAUUAAUUGCACAAUAUUUGCAUUUGGUGCUGAACAAACAGGUAAAACAUUCACUCUGUUUGGUAAAAAUGCAGUUGCUUCAACACCAAAUUUAGGUUUUGCUUCAAGAGUUGUGAGAGCAAUUUUUGAUUUUAUUGUUAAUAAUUCGCCACCUGAAAUUGAAUUUUCAGUUUCCAUGACAAGUUUUGAAAUUUGUGGUUUGGAUAAUGGUGAAGCACUCAUGACUGAUUUACUGGCUGAUCAUGAUUUGGCAAAUGAUGUCAAUUCUGCACAUUUGGAAGUAUUGGUCAAUGAUGAAACGAAUAGUGUUGAAAUUGCUGGAUUACAUGAAGAAUUUGUGACGAGUGAAGUUGAACUAUUCCAAUUUAUUUCAAAAUCUUUAGAAAAGAGAUCAAAAGAACAUAGUUCACUUUUCUUUGAAAUUAAACUUCUUCAAAGUGAUACCAAUACUAAACUCACCAAAGAAGGUCGAUUGACCAUUAUUGAUAUUGAUGCUGAAUCAUCAACUGAUCCACACAAACAAACACGUCCAACAGGAUUCAGAACUUUCCAACAAGUAACAGAAGCAAUUCACAGUGAAUCAGAUGAGUUUGAUUAUUUCGAAACAACUCUUCGUUGUCUGUUAUUCUCGCGAAUUUUCAUCAAUACAGCAAGUUUCGGAUUUAUUACCUUGUCACAAUCAUCAUUACCUGCCCUUGUUGAAAGGCAAACAGUUCCAAAUUUGAAUUUGGGCAAUUUACUGUGUGAAAUGUCAAGUGAGGUUUCUAUCAAUUAUGUCAGUUUGGAGGGUGUUGCCGAAAUUACCCCAAUAAGUCAACCAUCAACUUCUUCAUCAACAGCAAUUAGUAGUAGUAAUGUAAAACCUGAACAAGCACCACCUGUUCCACAAAGGCAACAACUGCCAUCAACACCUGUCUCUUCUUUCGAAGUCAAGAAGGAGCCAUCAACACCAGUUGAUGAAUCACCAAUGACACCUUCUUCUCCACCAUCCCCUGUUAAUGAAGAAAAGGCAGAAAUUUCUGAUACUCUUUUCAAGAAGGUCCUCACUGAGAAACAUGAAUUGAAUGAACAAGUGAGUUCGUUGAAAACUAAAGUCACCGAAUUGGAAGCCAAUUUAAAGAAGGAACACGAAGCUGUAGUUCAAUAUAAGAAACAAGCAAGCACUGCUGAAACAUCACUUGAAGAUUUGGAAAAGAAGUUUAGACAAGUUACCGAAUUGAAGGAAAGUUUAGAACAGGAAAAGAUUCGCCACGAUGAGAGUUUACAAAAAACUCAUGCAGAAAUUCAAGAAUUGAAGGAAAAACUCAUUCAAUCUGAUUCUACAAAGGAAGAAUUGAAUGAAAAGCUUGCUCAAAAGACUAAGGAAAUCAAUGAAUUGAAAGAAGCUGUGAAAAAGUUAGAAACUUCCGCAUCUACCACCAAGCCAACCAAUUCAGUUCUUUCGUCACGUUUCUCAGUCACACAAUCUAAUAGCUCUGGAUUGGAAUCUAGUUUAUCUGUGAAAAAGAUGGAAAUUGAUGCUGAAACUGUCAAUGUGUUGAAGAUUCAAUGCGAAGAUUACAAAAAGAUGUACGAAGAGAUUAGUGAAAAACUAACUCAAAUUGAAAAGAAACUUGUUGAAGAUGAAGAUAAUCAUAAUGCUAAGGAAAUUUCACAACUUUCUUCUGAUGAUCCAUCUCAUCAAUUAAUCGAAAAGAUGAAGAGCAAGAACAAACUGUUGAUGGAACAACUCAAUUUGGCCAAGAGAGAAAACUUAAAGGCAAGAGAAAAAGCAGCUGAAAUUGCUUUGAAGAGUCUUGACGAUAAGAUUUACGAAUAUCAACAAUUGUUCAAUCAAUAUCAAACUGCUGUAGAAAAAUCUUCCAGAUUAUCCAUAAGUGCCAACUCUUCCACAACCGCUUCACUAAGAUCUGCAUUCGAAGAUAAGGGCAAUAGUCAAAAACUCAAAGAAACUAUUGAUGAUUUAACUGUCAAACUCAAUACUGCUCGUAAAAAGAAUACAGAAAUGGAAAUUUCCAAGAUGAAAGCUCAAGAAACUGAAAAGAUGCACAAGGAGCAAAUUCAAAAUCUUGAAACUGAACUCAAAAAGUUAAAGGAAGAAAUUAGCAAGAAGCAAUCCACCGAUAUGGAACAAGUUGAACAACUCAGAAAGGAAAUUACCACUCUCAAAGAUGCUGAAGAAAACUUGAAGGAACAAAUGAAGAAAUUGGAACAAGAAAAGGAUGAAGUCUAUCAAAAAUAUAAGAAGAUUAAGGCCUAUCGUAAAAAGACUCUCUCUACACUCCAACAAUCUCAAGAAUCGAAUACAAUUCUCCUAUUACAAGAACGUGAAAAGGUAGAAACAUUGGAACGUGAAAUUAAAUUCCUCAAAAAGUAUACAGGCGUAAAGAUUGAAUCAUUCCAACAACCUAAAAAAGGAGGUGAUGUUAUUCAACCUAAAAAGAUGGACGCUCAAACAUCUAGAUCUAACUCUCAACAUGAAAAGGAAAAACUUUCACAACGUAUGUCAGUAACUGUCAAUAAGAAACAUUUGACAACACUUUCCAAUCAACUUUCAACCUUUGAUGUUUCUCAACCAUUUGUUGAUAGAAAAUCAGUAAUUACACAAGAGGAAGAAGUUUAUGUUCGUUCACCAAGACCUAACAUUUUGGAAAAGAAGUUUGGUGUCAAACCAUCUUCAAUGAAUGCUGACAAGCAUGGUUAUUUGGAAAAGAAAGGUCCUAAACUAAACAUGUAUAAGAAGCGUUACUUUAGAAUUGAAGGAUUUUAUGUUUAUUAUUUCAAUGAUGAAGCAGAUAAAUUCGAUAAGCAAUUAGGAUGUAUUGAUAUGAGACAGGUUUUGAAUAUUGAAAUGAUUCCUGAAAGAUCAAGUAAGAAACGUUUCGUAUUUAGAAUUGAAAUUCCAACUCGUGAUUACUUUUUAGCUGCUCAAACUAAGGAAGAACGUGAUGAAUGGGUUGAUACACUCAAUCAAAUCAAAGAGAAAGUCAGAAUAAAGUAA